AUUCUUGAGAGAGAAUUCUCCACGUAACUUUUCUCCAUUUUAGUUUUCACAGUACUCUGUAAAAGUUCUCAUCUCCCCAAUGGACAUUCCACUUAGAUUAUCUAUUCUUUGGAUGAAAUUAACAUCCCUUUUGAUCUAUCCUCUGCUCAUUAUCCAUGGGGCAAUUUUUACACCAAAGAAAAGACUUCCUCCCUUUGUAAAUUGUGAUCUCUUAACAAUUCCAGCAACUGAUCUUGCAAGAAAAAUUCGUUGCCGAGAAAUUAAAUCAGAAACCGUGGUGAAAGCCUACAUAAGUCGGAUAGAGGCUGUUAAUCCUCUAAUUAAUGCAAUUGUGGAAAAUGGAUUUGAUCGAGCUAUAGAAAUGGCCAAAAUCGCAGACAAAAAGUGCAUGGAAUCGGAAGUGUCUUACCUUGAAGAAAAAUAUCCACUCCUUGGUGUACCAGUAACUGUCAAAGAAUGCUGCAGUUUAGCUGGAUUUCCCGUAACACUGGGAAAUUACUGGAGGAAAAAUUUAAGAGCCACGGAAAAUAGUGAAGUAGUUCAGCUGAUUCUAAAUGCCGGUGCGAUCCCACUCUUAGUUUCCAAUACUCCAGAAUUCUGUUACAGCUGGGAGAGCAAUAAUUUCAUCACAGGACGUACUCUGAAUCCGUAUGAUCAGAGACGAAUUGCCGGAGGAUCUUCUGGUGGGGAAGGGGCCCUUUUGGGAGCUGGUGCUUCAUUAAUUGGCAUUGCAGCAGAUACAGGUGGUUCAAUUCGUUGUCCAGCAAUGUACAAUGGUGUCUUUGGGCACAAACCAACACCGGGAGUUCUGUCCCUAAAAGGACUUCUCCCAGAUCUCAGUAAAACCGAUGCUGGGAAUGACUACACCACAGCUGGACCUAUGUGUCGCUACGCAAAAGAUCUUUCUCUACUUACAAAAAUUAUGGCCGGACCUAGAGUUAUUUCCCUGAAACUGGAUGAACCAGUGCCUAUUGAGGAUAUUAAGAUAUUCUAUAAGAAAAAUAUUGGUAGCUCUUGGUUCACGAUUCCCACGACAAGAGAUGUUGAGAGAACUUUUGAUGAAGUCAUUCAGCAUUUCAGUGAUUUUGGAAUGAAACCAGUACAAUUGAAUUUAGACUUAAGCCUGGCUCCUGAAUAUACAGUUGCAGGUACUGCUGCACUGGAAAAUAUUCCAAGUACCUUGGAAGAUCCUUCAGGAGUACACGAGACACCUAAUCUCUUCCUAGAAAUACUAAAGUCACCAUUUGGCUGCUCAAAAUUCACUUUUGCUUCUAUGUACCUGAUGGUCUUAGUCAAAAUUGCCACAAGUUUCCUAUUUAAGAAAGACAUUCCCCGGUACAUGGAGCAUUUUGACAAAAUGAGGAAUGAUUUACUCAGUCUUUUGAGCACAAAUGGUGUACUUCUCUUCCUAACCAUGCCCACCCCUGCGCUUCGUCAUCACGAAUACUACACUAUGUGGUAUGGAGUUGCUUAUCCAUUCAUCAUCAACAUGCUAGGAUUCCCUGCAGCCAACAUCCCAAUAGGAUUUUCCUCAGAUGGUCUCCCAAUAGGAAUUCAAGUGAUUGCAGGUCCCUACCAAGAUCGCCUCUGUUUCUCCAUUGCACAUCAUCUCGAACGUGCUUUUGGUGGUUGGAAGCCCCCAAAGUGAUCAUGGAUAGCUCAAUUUUCUCGAAAAAAAAUUACAAACGUUGUUAAAUAUUGGUAGCUUAUGCAUUGUACAUAUUGAAAUUAUGCACACGAGAAUAAAGAUUUGUGGACAAGGUCAAGAUAAA